AGCUUUUGACCAGUCAGAUCUGUGAGCCAUGGUCGGCAGUUUAAAACGUCACCACACCCGCCCCCCUCCGCUCCCUCCCUCCAUCAUGUCCUCGCCGUCUUGUCCCAGUAGCUUGUUGCCUCGUCGUUCCACCGACCUUUUGAAGUAGUCCAUCUCCGAACUGUCCUGGUACCCCACUACUGGUUCGAAGCAACAUCUGUCUCCUCAGUGGCACGAGCCGUCUCUGUUUCACCGCAUUCCCGUUUGGCUCCGUAGCCGCCCCCACCCGCCGCCCGUAACUAUGGCAGCUUCGUUGGCCGCCAGCGUCUCCAAGGGAACCCCCCUCGACGGCGUUACCAAAAUCCCCAAUGCUAGUGUUCCGAGUGACGCUGCAUCGAAGCCGCACCAUGUCUUCUCUUCGAACGGCACCUUCUCUAAAUUUAAGAACCCAUACCCGUCAUGGCGUCACGGACAGCCAGACCCCGGCCCAGCAAGCGUGAUCUUGGGGAUACUCGGACUCAAGCUUCGAGGCAAGCUUCCAGCACCCAGCACAGCACCCCCGACUGUUCCGGUUCGCAAGCCGACCUUCCUCGCCGACCGGCGGGCCUCGACUACGCUGCGGGCAACCUGGCUCGGACAUGCCUGCUACUACGUCGAGUUCCCGUCGGGUCUGCGCGUCCUGUUCGACCCCGUCUUCGAGGACCGAUGCUCGCCCUUCUCCUUUCUCGGGCCCAAGAGGUUCACUAAGCAGCCGUGCGCCCUCGCCGACCUCCCCAUCGUCGACGCCGUCGUGAUUUCGCAUUCGCACUACGACCACUUGUCGAGCCCGAGCGUGCAAGAAAUCCACAAGCACCACCCCGACGCCCACUUCUUCGUCGGCCUCGGCCUUGAGAAGUGGUUCCGUGGGUCGGGCAUCGACAAGGUCACCGAGCUCGACUGGUGGGAAGACGCCGAAUUCACCGUGUCGCCUGCUUCCCACGACCGCCGCUCGACGGCGGGCGGCAAGGAGGACAACGCGUCGCUCGGGUCGGGCUUAUCCGGGGCCGGGUCCCAGCCCAUCACAGCGCGCAUCUCGUGCCUGCCAGCGCAGCACUCGUCGGCGCGCACGCCGCUAGACAAGGACACGACGCUGUGGUGCUCUUGGGGGGUGGCGUCGGGGAGCGAGGCGGACCAGACGCGCAGGUCGGUCUACUUUGGCGGCGACACGGGGUACCGCUACGUGCCCAAGGGCUACGAGAGCGGCGAGGGGCCCGAAUACGCGCCCGAGCACGCCGACCUGCCGCGGUGCCCGCAGUUCGCGCAGAUCGGCGAGCUGCGCGGGCCGUUCGACCUCGGCCUGCUGCCCAUCGGCGCCUACAAGCCGCGCCAGAUCUUCUCGGGCAUGCACGCCAACCCCUUCGACGCCGUCGAGAUCUUCCGCGACACGCGCUGCCGCCGCGCCAUGGGCAUCCACUGGGGCACCUGGGUCCUCACCUACGAGGACGUCCUCGAGCCGCCCAAGCUGCUGCGCCAGGCGCUUGCCCACUUCGGUAUGGCCGAGACCGGCGUCUUUGACGUUUGCGAGAUUGGCGAGAGCCGCGAGUUUUGAGCUUUGAGCAAAGCCAUGUGUACAACAUUGCGUUUCGAGCGUGUUCCUUUGGCGAUAUAUUCAUUAUGCCGAACAUAAUUGUUUGGUUAGCCAGGGCUGGGAGGGAAAGGGGUGAGGUUGGAUUUAAGUCCGCGUAAGAUUGAGCGAUAUUACUCUCCACUGUUGGGGCAAGGAUAAGAUGGCCGGGUUGGGCGUUCGGCGAAUGCGGGCUUGCACAGCGAAGACGGGGCACACUUAUAGUAACGGGUGCCGAAGACUAGAGUCCCUGGCAAAUGCAAUCAAGAGAAUGUGUCCCCAAUCGGGCUUGUCAGCCGAAAAGCUUGUGAUUAUUGAUACACGCAUUGCUGAUUCUCCUCCGAGAGGACCAAUCAAAAGUUCUAUCUAGUUCCAAGUAGCUCAAACAACAGCAGCAACCAACACUCCGCUCUACCGCAGCCCGAGGUUCCACC